AUGUCUUUAAAAUUUCUUUCAUCUAAUUAUCCUUUACAUGACUAUUAUUUUUAUGUGCCUAAAUUUUGUUUACGGCUAAUGGGGUUUUGGUCACAAACCACUAAUACUAAUUUGCAUCGUUUAUGGGCUGCUAGUAACUUUAUUAUACUCUUGAUAGGCGUUUUAACUGAAAUGCAUGCUGGCUUUACAUCAUUAACCUACGAUUUGGAAAAGGGACUGGAUACUUUAUGUCCAGCAGGUACAUCGGCAGUGACUUUAUUGAAAAUGGUAUUGAUUUUUUAUUACCGCAAGGAUAUAAAUUAUGUUUUAAAGAAAAUGCAUGGCAUGUUGUAUGAUGAAGGAGCUAGUGAUCAAAUUUUGCGUAAACAUCAUAAAAUUAUAAGAAAAUUUUCAGUUUUGGCAGCGCGUUUUAAUUUUGCUCCCUUUGUAACGGGUUUUAUAACCAAUACCACCUAUAUAUUAAAGCCCCUGAUAAUGGCUUGGAUAUUUUGGUCGAAGGGUAAGGAAAUACAAUGGACCACACCGUUUAACAUGACUAUGCCCCGCAUUCUCUUUCAUGCUCCCUUAUUUCCUUUGGCCUAUAUUUUUACCGCCUAUACGGGGUUUAUAACAAUUUUCAUAUUUUCCGGUUGUGAUGCUUUUUAUUUUGAGUUUUGUUCUCAUAUUGCGGGUCUAUUACAAAUAUUACAGUCCGAUAUUGAGUCUUUAUUCAACAUGUUUGAGAAUAGAUUGAAAUUGUCGGACAAGGAAAAUCAAUAUGUGGAAAACCGUUUAAAGAUUAUAAUUAGACGUCAUAAUGAGAUUAUCGAUUUGACUUAUUUCUUUCGAAAACGUUAUACUAUUAUAACAUUGGCUCAUUUCGUAUCGGCUGCUUUAGUUAUUGGGGCUAGUAUUUUUGAUUUGAUGACGUAUACCGGUUUUGGUAGACUUAUUUAUGUGGCCUAUACUGUAGCUGCUUUAUGUCAAUUAAUGGUUUACUGUUAUGGCGGCAGUAUGGUGGCUGAAAAUAGUGUUGAAAUAUCGAAUGUUAUUUUCGGUAGCAAUUGGUUUAUUUGCAGUCCGAAAGUUCGUCGCAUGAUACUUUUGAUUAUGAUACGCUCACAAAGAACCUUAACAAUGUCGGUGCCAUUUUUUUCACCCUCCUUGGCUACAUUUGCUUCGAUUCUACAAACUUCUGGUUCUAUUAUUGCUUUGGCCUCAUCUUUUCAGUAA